GGCCGCGGAUGCAGGGGAGCUGCCCGGCGCCCCGGGCCGUGGGCUGGGAGGACCCGUAAGCCAAGGACCGGCUUGUCGCUCUUUCUCUAACUUGUGCGCUGUGGAAGGAAACCGGGUGAAAGCUUUCCCGCACCCAGGGAGACAUUGGCAGGCCUGCCUUUAGGGCACGUGUGCGGCUAACAUGUUUGACUGCUUCGGGCUGGCUGUCAUUCGGUGGAGAAACGCACUCAAGCUGCACACGCCCGCGGGAUGCAUCACGAUACCGCUGCUGCUGACAAAAUAUCAUUGCCCAACAAUCGGAAGGGCUGGGGGUUUUCUCCAGUGCUUCUUGAAGUGCGGCCAGGGGACCACCUGCGUCAGAUGGCCUGAGAUUUUUUUUUUAAAGACUGAUUUCUGCUCCCCACACAUGCCCCCUCUCCCCAGAUCUUUUGACUCAGCAUCUCUGUGGGUGGAGUUCGGAGACCUAAAUUUUUACAAAAUAUCUCUUCGACCCACUCAAGCUUGAGAACCACAGAAGACAUUUAGAUGGUGACGGUUUGGGGUGAUAGGAAAUUAAGCUUUGGCCGCUGGAAAAAGAGGACAUUUUCACUCAUUUUCAUUUCAACUUCUGAGCUUAUUGCUAGACGUGAAUAAAACAACAGCCAAAGUGUGGGAGGGAGGGCCUGGAGUGGGAGUGGGUGUUGGAUGCGGAUUUGAAUUGGCGAGCCCCAUGGCACUGCGAUUGCGCAAGAUCGGUCUCACCCCUUAUCUGAGGCUGCUUAGGGUUGUGGAUGGGUUUAUAAAAGCCAUUGGUCCUGCUGAUGCUAUUAAAAAACAGUUUUCUGAAGAAACGUUUGAAGAAAGAAUUGACUGUUCUGGGAAAUGCAUCUUGCCAGGUUUGGUGGAUGCACACACACAUCCAGUAUGGGCUGGUGACAGAGUUCACGAGUUUGCAAUGAAGUUGGCAGGAGCCACGUACAUGGAUAUUCACCAGGCUGGAGGAGGGAUCAACUUCACGGUGGAGCGCACGCGCCAAGCCUCGGAGGAGGAGCUGUUCAGCUCCCUCCAGCAGCGGCUGCAGUGCAUGAUGAGCGCGGGGACCACGCUGGUGGAGUGCAAGAGCGGAUACGGCCUCAACCUGGAGACCGAGCUCAAGAUGCUGCGUGUGAUUGAGCGCGCCCGGCGGGAGCUGGACAUCGGCAUCUCGGCCACUUACUGCGGGGCUCACUCAGUGCCAAAAGGAAAAACUGCGACUGAAGCUGCUGAUGACAUCAUCAAUAGCCACCUGCCAAAGCUGAAGGAACUCAGCAGAAAUGGGCAAAUUCACGUUGACAAUAUAGAUGUGUUCUGUGAGAAGGGUGUCUUUGAUCUUGAUUCCACCAGAAGGAUUCUUCAAGCUGGAAAAGAUAUGGGGUUACAGAUUAACUUCCAUGGGGAUGAACUCCACCCAAUGAAGGCUGCUGAGGUACGCUUGACCUUGUGCUGUUCUGUUGUCAACACUCAUGCUAUGGAAAGCUUACGUAGUUUGUUCAAAGACAGGAGUGGCCUGCUGAAGAGAUAGAGAGUGGGGGAAUUUGUUUGGACAAUGUAAAGAUUGGUUGGGUGACCCUUGGGAUCCCUGACCUCUAUUAGAAAUGUACUUUUUUUGCUGGUCAUUUACAUUUUUUGUCACCUGCUGAUAUGUUAGUUGAAAAAGCAGUGCCUUUGUGAUCUCAUUUACUCAAUUCACAAAGCCAUGUUAGCAGAGUCUAUUACUUUCACAUGCAACUUCUAGGGUCUUACUGUGGCAUCAUCCAGAUGAAUUUUAGUGCCAUUAAUAACCACAACAUGGUUUUCAAAUCUAUAUGUCUUGCGCUGAUUCAUUCAUUCAUGCUUUCAACAAAUAUUUGAAUGUCUACGGUGUGCCAGGCACUGAGAAUUCCUCAGUGAAUAAGACAGACAAAAUCCUGCAGAAGUGAGUCUGGAUGUCUCCCCUUUAAGCCCUGGAGCUAAAUAAACAACUACCCUUGGGGCAUAAAUAUCGAUGUAGGUACCCUACGAGUGUCUCAAGCACAACAUAUCCUGCUUGAUCUCUUACUGUCACUUCCAAAUUGUGUUCUGUGUUUCCUGCCCCAGUGCAUGACACCAUUAUCUAGCUGUCGCCUAAGUAAAAAACCUGGACAUGAUUUGACUCCUCCUUCCCCUUCACCUACCACAUUUCAACCAACCAGCAAACCCUCCCAAUUCUCCUCCUAAAUGUCUCUAGAUCCAUUUCUCUUCACCCCGUUGUCUGGUUCCAACCACCAUCAGCUCUCACUGGGAUUCCUGUAGCUGUUUGCCUCCAAGCUUGCCUUCACUUUAAUCUGUUCCUUUAAUCCAUCCCCCGGUGCAUCUUAUCCUUCCUCCCCUUUGCUUAAAACCACUUGAAAGCUCACUCAUAGGACGAAUCCCAAACUCCAUACAUGUGGGCUUGCCAGGAUCUUGCCCUUGCUUACCUCUCUAUUUUCCCCUCUCUCUCCUCUCCCUUUUCGCCUCUCUUACCCUGUGUACCAUGAACCAGCCACAAUAAACUACUUUUAGUACACCGAAUACCCCAUGCCUCUGCACAUGCUGUUUCUCGAACCUGAACACUCCUCCUUGUCUGGCUAACUAACUCACUUUCUUGUUUCAUCUUAGCUGUGGCUUCUCUGGGGUCCUUCCCAAACCUCUCCAAGAGUAGCUUAUAGCUCCUCCCUGUACUUACCCACUGGGUUAAAAUCGCCUCUCUGAUCCCUACUGGACUGUAAACUCAUGAGGAUUGUACCCAUGUCUUACACAGCCCUACCCAUGGAGGUUAGCACAGCGCCUGGCAUACAGAUGGCCUUUAGUAGGUAAACAUUUGUUGAAUGUUAAAUGAAUGUGAACUGGAUGGUCAACAUGAUACUUUUGGUGGUAGAGAGUGGUGAAUUAAAUCAAUAGAGGUCGAUACCCAGGAUGAACAAAUCAAGUUUGAAAAAGUGAGGGUGACUCCAAGGUCAGAAAGGAAUUCCCUUGGGGGAGCCUAGUCUGUUCUGUGGAUACAGGGCUCCCCAGAGCCCCAGAAAACUACUCUUAGAUAUUAGCCAGCUGAGGAGGAGCCAGCUCUUUUGGAAAUAUUGUCUACUUUCCUUUCCUUGGAAUAUGUUUUCUUAACCUAUCACCCUUCAGCUUGU